AUAACACUAUAUUACGUACCUUAGGGGUAUUUAGUUUAAAGGUAGGAAAGCAUUUCACAUAAAGUUAAAAAAGCAGAUGCACGGUUCAAUAGUUCGAUAUACACUGAUAUAAAUAAACAAAUAUAAUUGGUCAAUAAAUAUAAAAAUUACAUUAAAAUGUAAUUUCAUGUAGAAUAAUUGUAUUUUCUAAAAAUGUAUGUCUGUUAAUAAUGUACCAGGAAUAAUUAGAAAAGAAAACAUAGCCUAUUUAAUCCCAUUUUAUGAUUAAUGAAUUAAUUAAAUAUUAGAUUGUAUGUACAAAAUGCACACCUUUGUUUACAAUCUGGUGUAAAAUAUAAUAUUAAGAUAAAACAUAACAAAUGGGCCCCCUGGUGCAGCCGUCACUACAUCAUAGACGCUACUGUCUCUUUAAAUUUACCCAGGAGCCCCUAAAGGAGCCCCAGGGGCCCCUAGCUCGGCUCUCCACCCUGAAGACAAGCAGAACAUCUAAAUACAAUCAGGAGACCGCCUAAAGUCACCGACAUUUGACAGAUCUUUCCUCCAACUUCGAUCUAAAUGCGACUUGUAUCGUCACGUAAAGUUAAGUUUACUUAAACCAAAAAGCAAACAGCGGUGAGGCUCCAGUGCAGAGACAGACACUGCACACACUGUAAUGGGUGAGUGCGUGUUUCAGAUAUUUGGUCAACCACCCGACGAAUGCAUCUACGAAAUCCUCCGGUUGUGACAUUUCUACGUACAAAGAAGCGAAUCCUGUACGUUAAAAUAACACAACACAGGUAUGGAUGAAGCGGAGUCCAAAGAGUCGGUGCACAAAGCUGAGCAGACAGAAUCUCGCUCAUUAAUAAUAAAAGCUGAGGAAGAGGAGGCGACACCGCAGCGGGGACACUUGGGGGAUCUCUCAGCAGGUCAAGAGGACAUGACCAAUGGUCUCACAUCUCAUGAUAGCCAGGAAGUUCCAGUCACCUCUGUUUGCUCCCCAGGCACCAGUUACUGGUGUGUCACUGAGAACACAGACACCCCUUUCCUUCUGUCCCCCAUCCCAGGACCAUCUACGCAGGAACCCCCUCCAUUUAAGCUCGCUCCUGGCCGAGACCACAGGCGCUAUUACCAUGAGUACUGGCGCAGCGAGUACCUCAUGGACUUCGACCCACAGAGACAAGGGAUGAUCUGUAUGGUGUGUGGCAGUUCGCUGGCAACCUUGAAGUUAAGCACCAUCAAGAGGCACAUCAAACAGAGGCAUCCGUACUCCCUGCUGUGGACCGAGUCAGAUAAGGAUGUGAUCAGGUCGGGAUGGGAGAGUCAUUUGGGUCGGGACAACAGCCAGAGGCCGUUAUGCCCUGAUCCAGAUGUUCCUCCGGAGUCAGAGGAGAUUGUGGAUGUCGACAGGCACUCCACAGGCAAGCCUGGUGGUGCCAUCUCUCCAAUUCUUCAGACCCAGUCUGGGUUUAGCAGGGUCACGCCAUCCCCUCCAGCCUCCUCGGUCCAGGAGCUCCCAGGCCCCACGGCUCAGGUGAUGGAGCGAUACCUAAACGACUCUCUGCACGCCUGGUUCCGUCAGGAGUUCCUGAUGGAAUACCAGGCCGAGGAGGGCCGUCUAGUAUGCAUGGUAUGCAGCUGUCUGUUGCCUUCACUGCACCUGGAUCACAUCAAAAGUCACAUGCUAGAUCUGCACCCGAACUCUCUGCUGUACAGCGCUGAGGAAAAGCACUCCAUCCUGCAGACCUGGGCCAAGAUGCACGGUGAGGAAUCGCACUCUUUACAACCUCAAAUCAAAUCGGAACCACUUACCAAAGAAAUAAACUUAGAUGGUUCAGCCUCCUUUUUCCCUCUGAACGUGGAUCCCAUUCAGGGAAACUUGGGGAGUUACACAAAAGGAGAUGAGAAUCCACCAGACACUGGCCAGAGACCCCAGUCUUUACCUUAUUAUCCCCGAAAGAGAAGACUGAAAUACGGGAGUCCCUGGCGUCUCCGCCUGGAUUAUUUGGUGGCAUACGGUCCUCCGGAUAACCCGCUCUGCUACUGUAUGGUUUGUUCUGAACACCUGCCUGUGCCGAGGGUCAGCAACUUCCGCAAGCACAUCCAGGAGUGCCAUCCGGAGACAAGUGGCCUAAGCCGAAGUGAGAGAGAUGCUGUGGUCAGUGCCUGGACGAGGGAGGAGACUAUUGACACAGCCACACUGAAAGGGGAUGACCCACAAAGUGGCCCUGUCACUACAAACACAGCUGUUGACAAGCAGGCGUCACCUGUUAAAACCACAGAGCAUAGAGGAGAAACAGAAGACAAUAAUAGCACAAAUAUCACACCAUCAACACAGACGACUGGACGGCACAGGCACUACCCAGGAAAGGACCAGAGGCGCAAUUACCAAGCCCGCUGGAAGAUGGACUUUUUGAUGGAUUACGACUGCAGUAGGCACGGAUUAAUCUGCAUGGUGUGUGGCGCUACGCUCGCCACGUUAAAGGUCAGCACCAUCAAGAGACACAUCCUACAAGUGCACCCUCACUCGCUGGACUACAGCCCAGAAGAGAGGCAGCUGGCCCUGCUUUGCUACAACCAGAUCUCUGCGCACUUUCAUUCGGAGGACUGUUUUUCGGGUUCCAACCACGGCCAUAAAGAAAAUGCUAAUAGUAAUGCUUAUGUUAAUGCAGAAUGCACUUCGAGCCAGAGCACUUAAUUGAAAGAAAAGGUGUAGGGAUGAGGUUUUGACAUCCUGUUUUUUGUUUUCCUUCACUCAGGAAGUUUGCUGUGGGGUUAAACCAAUUUUUUUUUUUUUUUUGAAGGAUGUGACAUUGUUGGAGAAUAAUUGUACUUUUUGUCUCCAACAAAGUGAAUAAAAACAUCUGAAAUGUUUGAUAUGUUUAAAAAGAAUAUUUAUGCUUGAAUCACUUUUGAACGUGAAACCAGAAACCGUGAGUGUCAUCAAGAAUUUAUAUAGUUCCCAAAAGGCGAUUUUACUGAACUCAUAUUUUGUUUUUUGUGGAUUAGCACUCUAAAAUGCAUUUGUACAUUCAUUGCUUUUUUGUAGACUGUGGCAGGACUGUUAUUGAUUCAGCGUGCUUGACAUUUUGCAUGAUGUCACACAUUACAGUGGUCAAUAUUAUUUUACUCACAGCACUUAAAAUGUGUGCUAGGUACAAGUUUUUGGGACUGUUACUAAGCAAACAAAUCCACCAUUUCACUUACCAUUUUGUCAAUCACAUUUUGCCAUUUUGAAAGAAAAAGCAUAAAUAUAAUAUAUGAUUUAUAAUGUUAAUGUUAUAUAAUACUGGUUCAGUUCACCAAAAAGAUAUAUUGAAAUAAAAAUCUUAUGGACUUUCAGUCCGGUUUCUUCUAAAUCAGAUCCUUGUCUCAGGGAGUGGGUUUUAUUCAUCAGUAAUUUUCUGUUACAUACUUCUGCAUUUAUGAAUCAUGGUCAUUUUGAAUAUUGAAUUUAAUCAUAACGGUGCAAUUAAAUUCAAAAUGAAUCCAUGCUGAAUGGGCAGAUAAUGCAUGCUUUAAUCUCUAAUCAUUAACACUUCCUGGUUGCAUUUACUUAAAGAUAUACUGUACAGCAUGAAUUGGAUCAUUAACAAAUGAUUUGUUACUCAUCACGUAGAUAUGUUGGACAUUCACAUGUCUAUGACAAACAGUCAUAAAGGUUCAGUUCUCUCUUUAACCAUGUACAGAGUGAACUGAAACUCAUGUAUCAGCAUCUUCAAGGGGUUGACAUCACAUGAGAACAACCCCUUCUUUUAAUGCAAUUUUUCUUGAUCAAAUGCAUUUUGGAAGCACUUUUACAGUUUGAAGCGUCCCUAACAUCUUUAUAUGGAGAUUCCUGAAAAAUGACACUCUCUCAGGGUUACCACAUUGUUUAGGAGUAACAUCAAGAAUUACACAGUUGUGUACACAUGGGCCCGGUUUCACAGACAGGGUUUAGAUUAAGACUUAGUUCAAUUAGGGUAUUUAAGUAGCCUUUAUAAAUGUACCCUAGAAAAAAAAAAAAAAAAACAUUACUGGUGUGCAUCUUGAGACAAAACAAUGGCUCUGACAUAUUUUUAGAGAUUUCAGUACAAGUUGCUUUCAGUUAAAACAGCUCAAACAUGCAUUUUAGUCUGGGACUAUCUUAAGCCUGGUCUGUGAAACCGGGGGAUUGUGUACUACAUUCAUCACAUGUAUUUGAUGUAUAUAUAUACACACUUAUUGAGUUAACAGCCAUUUGGAUUAUUUAAACAUUCCUUUUGAGUUUCUCUUGUAUAAUUCACUGCAACACCAAUAAAUAAUAAAAAAUAAUGUCCAAUCUAUCUGA